AUGAAGAAACUGUUUGAAGCAAUUUCGCGGUGGUAUGCUCGAGCUAAUAAGGCUACGUUGAACGUUUGGAUCUUUGCUGGUGCCAUUGUUGGUAUGUACACCAUGUACGAAGCAAGCCAAGGACUCCUUCAUAGAAAGGUGAAAGAUCGUUGGAGUGCUGUCGAGUAUGAGAGGGAACAUCCAGAUGAAGCAGAUGAUGAUUGGUUAGACGAUGAUGAUGAUGAUGACGACAUGAAGCAUUAACUCACUUUUAUACAUGAUUUUGUGGAAUUGCU